GCAGAAGACAGGUAGAGCCUUGUGUGCGCAACAAAAAUGAUUUUCGAAGAGCAAAGGUUCAUCCACGAGGACCUUGAGCGCCUGGAGCAGGCGAUUGCCGACCGCGUCGCCGAAGAGCCUCGUAAUAUACGGGAUCGCCUGGCUCGUGACCACGAAGUCGCACAUUUUUUGAAGCGUAUCGAAGACCAGUCCAAGAGGUUACUCGACAUCUACAAGGAUGCGGACGGCGCGCGUGAGAAGGAAAUCCAAACCAUCUCAACCGGCGAUCAAUUCGAGGAAUUCUACAAGCAACUGGAUGAGAUUAAGGACUUUCACAGGCGCUAUCCUAAUGAACCAGUCGAAAACCUUGAGCGGGCUUAUAAGCGCCGUCAGCCUGGAGAGGGCGAAGUAACGGGAAUGGAGAUCGACAAUCUGUUCACUGGUGAAGAGGGUUAUGGGCAAUUUCUGGACCUCACGACAUUGCACGAAGACUACCUGAACUUGCCUGGGGUAAAACGGCUCUCAUAUGUACAGUAUCUCGACAUCUUCGAUGCGUUUACUCCUCCACAACUUCCGAUCAAGCGAAACAAUAAGCUUUCCGAUCGGUAUUUCAAAUAUGUCGGCGAACUCGCAAACUACUUGGAAAGCUUCAUUAAGAAGGUGAAGCCGUUGCAAGAUCUGGACAAACUUUUUGCUAGCUUUGAUGAGGAGUUCGAAAGGCAGUGGGCGGCGAACGAGGUCCCUGGUUGGACAGAGGAGGCUGCUCAGAACGGUACCCAGGGUCCGAAGACCGAGGGCUCCGGAGAAGGUAUCUGGUGUGCUGACUGCGAGAGGGAGUUCAAGAAUGAGAAUGUCUACAAGAACCACCUGACAGGAAAGAAGCAUAUCCGGGCCGCUGAAGCACGCAAAACCGCCGGGGAUGACGCAAAGCCAGCAGCCCCUGCGACAAACGGCACAUCAUCCGUGGCUCAUAGACUCAAGGAACGUGCAGUCGCAGAGAGAGAACAUCGGGUGCGUUCUUUGACGCAGGUACUGCAGCCCGAGCGUCAAGCAACGAGGUUCAAUGUCGAGCGGAGACAGGGUAUGACUGAACGGGAGCGCCAGAUGGAACUUGAAGCUCUGCUUAAUGAGUCCGAAAACCCUGGCGGUGAUCGUGCUGGCGAUCAAUCUGACGAGGACGACGAAGAUCGAAUCUACAAUCCCCUCAAGCUGCCACUUGCUUGGGAUGGCAAGCCAAUUCCUUACUGGCUUUACAAGCUGCACGGCCUUGGGGUGGAGUAUCCUUGCGAGAUCUGCGGUAACUUUGUUUAUAUGGGUCGUCGUGCGUUUGACAAGCACUUCUCGGAGGCUCUACAUAUCUUUGGUUUGAAGUGUCUUGGAAUCACUUCCAAUACCAACCUUUUCCGUGAGAUCACUCGGAUUGAGGAUGCAAUCAGGCUUUGGGAGAAGCUAGAGCAGGACCGCAAGAAGGACAGAGAUAACCGCGACAAUGUGGUACAGAUGGAGGAUGCUGAAGGCAAUGUGAUGCCGGAGAGGAUCUACCUUGAUCUGCAAAAGCAAGGUAUCCUAUAAUCGGCGACCCGGGUCAACCUUUCUUCAUGUUUUUUUGCAUUGCCUUUCGCCAUAUUUCAUAUUGAAAAGCCUGGAGUUUGGUGGGUGUCCUUUCUCGAAUUUCUUUAAUGCUGCGUGGUCACUGGGAUAGUGUUGGUUGGGAAUGGCUGUAUCAAAGCAAAGUGAAGACUAGACAGCUUUGCUUUUAUGUAUUCUACACCCCAAGAAUAUUACGAUAUCAUCAUCGGAGAAAUUAGG